AUGGCACACGAAAUAAGUGAACGUCAUUAUGACGAUUGGGAGUCAACAGUUUAUUGUUCGUUGAAAAAUGUCUUUACACCCUCUAUUGGUCGUAUCGUUGGUGAUAAUCUUCGAAGAAUAUUAGGUAUUACUCAUAUUAGUGGAGAUGAAAUGGCUCAACAAACUCCAUCAUAUGAUUUUACAUGUACACGUAGACAAGCAAAUUGUAUUCGUGAUCGUCUUGUAGAGGUCACUACUAAAGCAUACUUACACAUUUGGUUUUCAAUGCAAUCAGAUCCAUUUCAUUAUAUCUAUAAUAGACGUUCAAUGUUAGCAGAUGAUCCAACUAAAGUCAAUGUUUAUCCAGUACAGUCUCAUUUUGGUUCAAUGUAUACGCAUAGUACUUUUAAUAUACAUAGUGAAGAACAUCCUCCUUUUUAUGAUCUUUGCAUAUUGAAAUGGAAAAAUGAACCUGAAACAAUACGUAUUAUGUCAAAAGAUAAAUCAAAACAAAUAUUUCUACCAAUUAAAUGGAUACAGAAACCGAUACUUAUUAAUACAAAAGAUCGACCAUGUGUUGUUUUAAUGUUAAAAUAUUCUGUAAAAAUGAAAAGAAAAGUUUCAGACAAUGGUCAAUUUCGAUAUGAAAGAGUAUGUAAUAUGAAUGAUGGUGGAUUUGAAAAAAUUGUAUCAAAAAGUUCGGAUAUUCUACUUACAUUCCAUGAUCCAAGUCAUACGUAUGCAUUUCUCGAAGAACUAACUAAAGAAACAGAUGAAUAUCAUGAUAAAUUUACGAUAAAUUUUGUUACACUUGAAAAAGAAUUUAUAAAAGAGAAUAAACAACUGUUUGUUUUACCACCAUCAGCAUCUCAUAAACAACAAUAUGCAUUGAAAAUGCUUUAUUCUCUUGGUUAUUUAUUUCAAGAUAAAUAUGGUGGACAACGUCAUAGUGAAUUUAUUGAUUAUAUUAAGAACGAUUCAUUUAAUGAUAUGUGUUAUUAUCUUAAAGAAAAACUUGAAGAAAAUCAUUGUUACAAAGUAAAACGUAUUUUUAUUGAUUUUGAAGCUUAUAUGAAAGAAAAGCGUAAAGAAGAAAAGCCACUUAAUGUAAAAAAACCGACAUAUUGUUUUGGUUGUAUUUCAAUAACACCAUUACGAAUUCUUUAUCAAAAAAUGGAAACAUCUAUUGGAAAUCGUGCAUUAAGAAUGCCACAAUUAAGUGGUGAAGAUAAUUUUUUAUUAAUACAUAUUCGAGAAGAAGAUAAUAAAAUAUUAAAAGAUUUUGAUGAAUCAGUUACAUGUCGACUUAAAUCAAAAAUGUUAAAUGGAAUUAAAGCUAUGAAUAAAACAUAUCGUCUAUUUGGUACAUCAACAAGUCAAUUAAAAGAAAUGUCAUUUUGGUUUCUUGCUAAUUCAGAAAAUAAAAGUAUUGAAGAAUUAUGGAGAGUUUUAGGUGAUUUUUCAAGUAUUAAAAAUGUUGCUAAUUAUGUUGCUCGAAUUGGUCUCUAUUUUUCAACAUCAAAUGAAACUGACAUUUCAUUUAAAUAUAUUGAAAACGCGGCAUCAAAUGAAAAUUUUCUAGCAACAAUGAUCGAUGAUGUUGAAACGGACAAUAAGAAAUAUUGUUUUACUGAUGGUAUUGGAAAAAUGUCAUGGGGUGUCGCUGGUUUAGUUGCAAUAAAAUUAGGUAUUCCAUUACAAUCAAGAUAUGAUAUACCAUCAGCUUAUCAAGUUCGUAUAGCUGGUUGUAAAGGCAUGCUAGCUAUUGAUCCAGAAUCUAAAUUAGAUCAAUAUUAUAUUAAAGUUAGACCUUCAAUGGAAAAAUUUAAAUCUCAACAUUGGAUUUUAGAAAUAUGUGAACAUAGUAAACCAUUAGAAUUAAAAUUUAAUAAUCAAGUUAUUAUGUUAUUAUCCGAUUUGGGAAAUAGAGAUGCAGUUUUUAUGUCAUAUCAAAAUGAAGCUUUAGGGACUUUAUCACAACAAAAUCAGAAUGAACAAUUAAGAAAAUUAAAAUAUUCAUGUACGAAAGAUGAUUUAUUAAAAAAUAGAAUACCAUUACCAUUAAAUGAAGCACGAAAUAUGUUUGGAGUUGUGGAUGAAACUGGUAUGUUAGAAUAUGGUCAAGUUUUUAUUCAAUAUAAAGAUCUUGAUUCAACAAAUGAAUAUCCAUAUAAUGUUGUAGAAGGAGAAGUAUUAGUAGCAAAAAUGCCUUGUUUACAUCCUGGUGAUUUUCGAAAAUUUACUGCUAUUAAUGUUCCUGCAUUGAAAGCAUGUAUACGCGAUUGUAUUGUCUUUCCAAAAAAAGGACCACGACCACAUCCAAAUGAAAUGUCUGGAUCUGAUUUAGAUGGAGAUCAAUAUUGGGUCUAUUGGGGUAAUCGACUAAGAAUUACAGCUAUGGAUGAACCAUUAUCAUAUGAACCUUCAGCAAAGAAAAAAGUGCCAAAUAUUACGAAUGAAAUUGUAAUCGAUCAUAUUAUUGAAUCAUUUGGUGCUGCAAGUCAAGGAAUAAUUUGUGAUGUUCACUUAGCUAUUGCAGAUUCUCAUAAGGAUCGUACAAGAUCGAAGGAAUGUAAAGAUUUAGCUGAAUUAUUUGCACGUGCCGUGGAUGCACCAAAAACAGGUGAAAUUAUUGAUUUAAGAAAAGUUUAUGGAUUAAGAACACGAUAUUGUCGAGCUUAUCCACAAUUUAUGAAGAAAUACGAUCAACCAAUAUGUGAUUCAAACAGUAUUUUGAAUAAAUUAUUUCUAGUAGCUAGACAUCAUUUAUUUUCACAACGUCCUUCAUCAUUAAAUUCGGUACAAACUUCAUCAAGUGGCUUAAAAAGUUCGAUAAAAGGAAAAGCUGGAACAACCACACAGGAUCAAGAAUUUCAAAAAUGGCUUUCAUCUCAUAAUACUAAUGAAACACAAUCUACUUUAAAAAACAGUAGUACAAAGGAAAAACUAUCCAAAAGUAUGGAUGGUAAUCCUAGCAAAAUUGCCGAAACAAAAUCUUCGUCAUCAUUAAUUGAACAAUCAACAGUCGCACCGAAGAAACAGACAAAAAAAUCUACAAUAAAAAAUGAUGAAGAGAUAGAACAUGACACUUCAGAAACAUCUUCAAUCAAAGGAAAGAAGAUUUCCACUGAUUCGGAACAAUCAACUGCCACAUCUGCUAAACCAACAAAAAAAAUUACAUCGAAAAAAAGUGACAAAACAGAUUCAGAAUCUUCUGAAAUACUGUCAACUAAAGGAAAGAAAAGUGCAGUGGUAUCUAAAGAACCGUUGUACAACUCUAGUCUAUCUAUUGAUUCUGAUUCAUCAUCUGUUACUCCAAAACCAUCACUAACUGCGUCAGCAGUGUCUGAGAAUAAUGUUAAUCGAAAUAUUAUUUUUAAUGGUAUGACAACAGUAACCAAUCGAAUUCAAUGGGAACCAUCUAAUAAUAAUUGUUUUACCGUCGAUUUAGAUGCAAAAAAAUCUGGAGAUAAUAAUGCUUCAGAUAAACUAGUUCAACUUUUACUUGAUUCGGCAAAAACAAUCUUUUCUUCGAAUUCUAAAUUCACAUUUAUCACAUCAUGGGGUGAACUUUUUCUAAAAUUUAUACAAUCAAUCGAUCAAACAAAACCCAAAAAUAUUAAAGAACUCACUCAACUUAUCAAAGAAACUAAUGAUGUGGAAUUUUUAUUUGAAGAAUCUACUGUUAAAACUAUUACAAAAGACCGGGAUCCAUCGAGUAAAUCAACAUCUCAAUAUGUUCUUACUUGUAAAUGUUCUGAUAUUUCAUCAAAUGAUAUAUCGCUUAUAUUUGAUGAUAAAAAAGUAUUGAAAAAAAUUUUGUUUACUUCAAAAUGUUGGACUUGUGCUGUUAGAAGUGGUGAAAAACUUAUCGAUAAUUUCUACGAGAUUUAUUCGACGUAUAAUGAAAUCGAUUCAAAACAUGAAUCAUUUUCAAACUAUCUGAAAUCAUUAUUCAUUGAUCCCAGUAAAACAGAUCUCUUAUCAGGUACCAGUCCACGAGUUUCAGUUGACAGACAAUUGUUAAAAUCAACAGUAGAAAUUAUUUCGUUCAAACGAUUAGUUCGAUGCGAAUUUGCUCUCUUAAAUCAAAUAAAUUCAACUCGAUUGCAAUUUAAGACAUUAGAAAAUCUCGAGUGUAUCUUCUAUCAAGUCACACAUAUUUCCACGGAAACUGGAAAUGGUAAAAUUGAAACACGUGAAACUCUCCAAUUUCAUGCAACAUCAAUUCAAAUUGCAAAGAAACAUGAACAAGAUUUAAAACAAUUAGUUCAAUUACUAAAAGACUAUUUUUCUUAA